AUGGCCAGAUGCGGCAACAUCGUAUCGGGCCCGUUGGCCUACGCCGCCGCCCCGGCGCUCCUCCAACCGGCGCCAUUGGCCAAAUUGGCUGUGGCGGCGCCCGUCGCCAAACUAUCCACCGAAGAGUACGACCCGAAUCCGCAGUACUCCUUCGGCUACGACGUCCAGGACAGCCUCACCGGCGACAGCAAGAGCCAAGUGGAGAGCAGGAACGGCGACGUCGUACAAGGUUCUUACUCGUUGAACGACCCUGAUGGUACCCGCAGAACCGUCGAUUACACCGCAGAUCCCGUCAACGGUUUCAACGCCGUGGUACGCAAGGAACCACUCGUAGCCAAAGCCGUAGUCGCCAAGGUAGCCGCCCCCGCUCCCCUCACCUACGCCGCCCCCGCUCCCCUCACCUACGCCGCCCCCGCAGCUCGCCUCAGCUACGCCGCUCCCGCCGCUCACAUCAGCUACGCCGCCCCCGCUGCUCAUCUCAGCUACGCCGCCCCCGCUGCUCAUCUCAGCUACGCCGCCCCAGCCGCUCAUUUGAGCUACGCCGCCCCAGCCGCUCAUGUGAGUUACGCCGCCCCCGCUGCUCAUCUCAGCUACGCCGCCCCAGCCGCUCAUGUGAGUUACGCCGCCCCCGUGGCCAAGUACGCGGCCGCCCCCGCUUUGAGUUACCACGCACCGUUGGGUUACGCCGCUCCCGUCGCCAAAUUGGGAUACGCCGCCGCCGCCGCCCCCUUGGGAUACGCCGCCCCCGCUCAUUUCGUACACUAA